AUGAACGUUUUAAAAUUACAGAAAAAGUAUCCAAUUUUGGAUCAAUCUGAUUUAUUCAAUAUUAUUGAAGAUUUCAGAAGUAUUGAUUUGGACGAUAAGGGUUGGGUAGAAAAGAAAGAUGUAAUCAACGCAAUUUCCAAAAAAGGUCAAUACUCCUAUGAUCAAGCUAGAGAAACUUUGAAACAAGUUGAUGUUGAUGCUUCAGGUCACGUUGAAUUGGACGAUUAUGUUCAAUUGGUUGCCAAAUUGAAAGAAGAUUCUUCAUCUGGUACACCACCUCCAACUACUGCUGGAUCUUCGGAAUCUCCAGUUGUUUCCCCAAAAUUUAAAAAGCCACCUCCACCAAUCCCAACUGCUAAUAGUAAGAACAAGACUUACCUUGGAGGUAAAACUUCUGGUACAACCCAUACUAUCAAUGAUGAAGAAAGAACCGAAUUUACUAGACACAUUAAUUCUGUCUUGGAAGAUGAUCCAGAAAUUGGCAGCAGAUUACCAUUUGAUACAGAAACUUUCCAAAUUUUUGAUGAAUGUAGAGAUGGUUUGGUCUUGUCGAAAUUGAUCAAUGAUUCUGUUCCAGACACUAUUGAUACUAGAGUUUUGAACAUGCCAAAGGGUAAGAAGGCAUUGAAUAACUUCCAAAUGUCUGAAAAUGCAAAUAUCGUUAUCAAUUCAGCCAAAGCCAUUGGGUGUGUUGUGGUUAAUGUGCAUUCCGAAGAUAUAAUUGAUGGUAAGGAACAUUUGAUUCUUGGUUUGAUUUGGCAAAUUAUUAGAAGAGGUUUGUUGUCCAAAGUUGACAUCAAGUACCAUCCAGAAUUAUACCGUUUAUUGGAAGAUGAUGAAACAUUGGAACAAUUUUUGCGUUUGCCACCAGAACAAAUCUUGUUGCGUUGGUUUAAUUACCAUUUGAAGAAUGCUGGGUCUCAAAGAAGAGUAGCCAACUUUUCUAAGGAUGUUAGCGAUGGUGAAAAUUACACUGUUUUGUUAAACCAAUUACAACCAGAACACUGUGACUUGGGUCCAUUGAAAACCGGUGAUUUAUUGACUAGAGCUGAGCAAGUUUUGGAUAAUGCCGAGAAAAUUGGCUGCAGAAAGUAUUUGACUCCAAAAUCAUUGGUGUCUGGUAAUCCAAAAUUGAACUUGGCUUUUGUUGCCAAUUUGUUCAACACCCAUCCAGGUUUGCAACCAAUUGAAGAACACGAAAAUAUUGAAAUCGAAGAAUUUGAUGCCGAAGGUGAAAGAGAAGCUAGAGUUUUCACAUUGUGGUUAAACUCAUUGGAUGUCGAUCCACCAGUUGUAUCACUUUUUGAAGAUUUGAAGGAUGGUUUGAUCUUAUUACAAGCUUAUGAUAAAGUUCUUCCAGGGUCUGUUUCUUGGAAGCACAUCAACAAGAAGCCGUCAUCAGGUGCAGAAAUUUCACGUUUCAAGGCAUUGGAAAAUACUAACUAUGGGGUUGAAAUCGGAAAAGCCAACGGAUUUUCUCUUGUUGGUAUUGAAGGUUCAGACAUUGUUGAUGGUAAUAAAUUGUUGACUUUAGGAUUGGUAUGGCAAUUGAUGAGACGUAACAUUAUCAACACAUUGUCAGAACUAGGAAAAGGUGGUCAUAACCUUACUGAUGCCGAUAUUUUGAAGUGGGCCAACCAGCAAGUUGCCAAAGGUGGCAAAUCUUCUUCUGUCAGAUCAUUCAACGAUUCCUCCUUGGCCAAUGGUGUCUUCUUAUUGGAUGUUCUUAAUGGUUUGAAACCUGGUUACGUUGAUUACGACUUGGUUUAUUCCGGUAACAGUGAUGAAGAGAAAUAUGCCAAUGCCAAAUUGGCCAUUUCUAUUGCAAGAAAAUUGGGUGCUUUAAUCUGGUUAGUUCCAGAAGAUAUCAAUGAAGUCAGAAGUAGAUUGAUUUUGUCCUUUGUCGGUAGUUUGAUGGCUGUUUCUGAAAAGUAG